AUGCUCAACGGCCUGCCUGGGUAUUAUAUUGCUGUUGUGAAUACUAAAUCCUGUUCUGGUCGCGUCCUGCUCCAGCGCCAGCCUCGCCACCGCUUAUAUCAGCCUCUCUUUUUAACGCUGGCAUAUAGUACACACGCGCUCAAGUGGGAGAGGUGGCGCUCAAGUGGGAGAGGUGGCGCUCAAGUGGGAGAGGUGGCGCUCAAGUGGGAGAGGUGGCGCUCAAGGGGGAGAGGUGGCGCUCAAGUGGGAGAGGUGGCGCUCAAGUGGGAGAGAUGGCGCUCAAGUACGUGUGGAGAAGGGGUGACGGUGGAGGAGGUAAGGCACUCUAGUGGUUACUCUAGUGGUUACUCUAGUGGUUACUCUAGUGGUUACUCUAGUGGUUACUCUAGUGGUUACUCUAGUGGUCACUCUAGUGGUUACUCUAGUGGUUACUCUAGUGGUUACUGUAGUGGUCACUCUUGUGGUCACUCUUGUGGUCACUCUAGUGGUUACUCUAGUGGUCACUCUAGUGGUCACUCUAGUGGUUACUGUAGUGGUUACUCUAGUGGUUACUGUAGUGGUCACUCUUGUGGUCACUCUAGUGGUUACUCUAGUGGUUACUCUAGUGGUCACUCUAGUGGUCACUCUAGUGGUUACUCUUGUGGUCACUCUAGUGGUUACUCUAGUGGUCACUCUAGUGGUCACUCUAGUGGUUACUCUAGUGGUUACUCUAGUGGUCACUCUAGUGGUUACUCUAGUGGUUGUUCUAGUGGUUCUAGUGGUUACUCUAGUGGUUACUCUAGUGGUUACUCUAGUGGUCACUCUAGUGGUCACUCUAGUGGUCACUCUAGUGGUUACUCUAGUGGUUACUCUAGUGGUCACUCUAGUGGUCACUCUAGUGGUUACUCUAGUGGUCACUCUAGUGGUUACUCUAGUGGUUACUCUAGUGGUCACUCUAGUGGUCACUCUAGUGGUCGCUCUAGUGGUCACUCUAGUGGUCACUCUAGUGGUCACUCUAGUGGUCACUCUAGUGGUCACUCUAGUGGUUGCUCUAGUGGUCACUCUAGUGGUUACUCUAGUGGUCACUCUAGUGGUCACUCUAGUGGUCACUCUAGUGGUUGCUCUAGUGGUCACUCUAGUGGUUACUCUAGUGGUCACUCUAGUGGUCACUAG